AUGGCAGUGCUCGAGUUCACAUUAAGCGAAGAAGGCGUGACAGGGUUUCGCGAUGCGCUCAUCUGCCUGAACAAGUUCAGCGACGACGUCUUCCUGGAGGCUCGAAAGGAUUCCUUUAUUCUCACAACCCUCAAUAACUCCAAGUCUGCCUACGCCAGCGUGCGGUUUGCGACAAGCAAGUUCUUCUCGAGAUAUCAGUACCAGCCGGGAGGCCAGUUUCGAGAAAGAGUUUACUGUAGUCUCUACAUUCGCGCCCUCAUUUCACUUUUCAGGAGCCGGUCCAGCGUCGACAUCCAGAGGGAUGCCGAGAAGCAAUCACUGAUCGAGCGGUGUGAUGUUGCGAUUGAGGAUGGCGAGGGUGUCAACAGCCGGUUCAUUGCUCGCAUCGUAUUCAGAAACGGGCUGACCUCCACGCACCGUCUCCCCUUCGAGGUCGCCGUUCCUGUACAUGCAAAGUUCAGCAGAGAGGACUCUCCGCAUCACUGGACGAUUUCUUCAAGAACUCUUCGGCAGCUGAUGGAUCAUUUUGGCCCAGGUAUCGAGUACCUCGACAUCAACACCGAUGGCGAUCGGGUAAACUUCACUUGCUUUAGCGAAAAGACGGUGAGCGAAGAUGCGGUUCUCAAGAAGCCACUGCAAACGUCCAUCGCCGUCGAGGUGGACGAAUUCGACGACAUCGAUGUCGAGGACAAGCUCCACAUUGUCAUUUCCGUCAAGGAUUUUCGCGCCAUCAUCCAGCACGCCGGCAUUACGGGCAACGUUCUGUCAGCCCGAUACGCUCUUCCCGCUCGACCUAUCCAGCUCUCCUAUACUGGCGACGCCAUCUCGUGCGAAUUCCUGAUCAUGACAGUCGGGGAGCGGGGGAGCAACGCGAAGCAGAAGACGAGAAAGGGUCGCAAGAAUGGACCACAAAGCACAGGUACCCGAUUGGAGCCGCCGACGGACGGAACGAGCAUGGGACCGUUCAACCCACCGCAGAAGCUGGUACAAGCCCAAGCCGUGCCGUCGCCGGUGCCGUUCCCCUCACUCAGAGGGCCGGGACCAAGUUCGACACCCCAUGUCAGUGCUGCGAGGGCCAGCGCUUCUCGAAUCGGCGCCUUUGAUCUGCGGCCGUCACAGAAGCCGCCUCCGCCGACGUUGAGAUCAGAGUCCUUGUUUGUGGAUGACGCCGGCUGGGAACCGGUUCAGGAUGAGGAUGACGGCGAGGAAGAUACUAGACUAGAGUGGGACCACAGUGCCGAUCCCCAUCACACGGCCAUGGCCAUGAGCCGGGUGGAGGAAAGGCACGGCGCCGUGGACGAGUCGGCGGAUCUUCCCGCUCCGUCGACGUUUCUGGAACCGACACAAAAGCUGUCAGACGUGAAGGGCCUAGCACUUUUUCCUGACUAA